ACGUCACGAGCCCUUGCGUGCUGACGUCACGGUUGUUUCAAGGUUGAGGAAGGCGGCCAUUCGCGUAUCUCGUCUCUCGUUCCCCGAUCUCGGCGGCGAUGUCUCCUCCGUUGUCUCUCGCCUCGUCCGCAUGGCGCCUCGUCCGGGUGCCCGCGAGGCGGUACGCCUCGGUGGCGCACGAGGAGCACAAGAGCUCUCGCAUGUGGAAAAUCCUCACCUUCACGGUCGCCCUGCCCGGCGUCGCCGUCUGCAUGCUCAACUCCUACCUCUCGAGCCAGCACGAGCACGAGCGGGCCGAGUUCGUCCCCUAUGAACACCUGCGCCUGCGCACCAAGCGCUUCCCCUGGGGCGACGGGAACCACAGCCUCUUCCACAACUCCCACGUCAACGCCCUUCCCACCGGCUACGAGGAAAACGACAGCCACCACUAGAGGCGUCCUGCGCCGCUCUGCCCUCCCGUCUGUGCUGCCCUCUUGGCUCUGCUGCUGCUCCUCUGGGCUCCUAAGGCGUGCGCAUGUGUGUGUGUGUGUGCGUGUGUGUGCGUGUGUGCGGGCAGAAGUGUUGGUGGCGUGUGGAUUUGUCUCCGUGAAACCUUUGUGGGCGCCUCGAUGAUUUUAGAGGAUUUUCUUUGGUUUCUUUUCGUUGGGUUACCCCCCCCCCGCCCCCACACUGGGUGGCCCCAAUCUCCGUGCCGCUGGUAUUUGCUUGACCUCCACCUAAGGCCUGGCUCGUUCGUCUGUCCUAAAUGUAUAAUGCUCCAGGAGCCCUAAACUUAAUUUUAAAGACGUUUUUUUUGACCAGGUGUCUAAAGGUCCUCAUACACUGAGCUCUUCUACGUAGCUCUUCUUUCGGAAGCGACCUGGCCGAUCACAAGUAAACUAAAGAUAUUUUUAUUUUACCGCUUGACCAAGGGCGCCACGCACUUGAGCUACGUAGCUCUCAUUUCAGUUCGCUUCUGAAAGAGCGUUGUGGUCUUACACGCCUGGUGAAGUACAAAAAUCGUGAAUAGAUUUAUAAGUUGGGGGUAGACGUUGAGCCAAAGGAUGUAAAUUGUUUAUUUUCUUUCUCCGAGUGGGAAUGAUUGAACGCACGCACGGACGGCCCACACACGCCCACACACGCCCACACAAACGCAGGCUACACACCCCCAAAGCCACCUUUCAAUUGCUGUAACAAGUUGCAAGGAGUCUUUCCCGGGCGCUGAAAAUAAACACGCAGUCACAAACGUC